GUUACAAUGUUAAUAUUUAUAUAUCAACUGAACAUCAAUUUAUCAAAACGAGAAACACCACAAAAACUAAUUAGUGCCGCGUAAUGAGCAUAGAGGAGACUAAUGGCAUACAGAAGCGACAAAACGGAGGUGCAAAACGACAAGGAAAAAGAAGGAAACAGACAUGAAAAGAGAGAAGCACGUGAAACGCGACGCGAUUCACAAGGUUGCGACAAGGUAAACUCAACUAACGUUGUCAGGGUGGACAAGGAGCACAACCGACAACCGACCGACCGACCGACCGACCAACCAACCGGAGAGCGAGAUAAAGCUAAGCUAAGAGGCAAGUCAAAGCAAGUCAAGAAGAGCUAGGUCGAGACGAGGCAAGGUAAAGGCGAGUAGGGACGGGGUAUAGCAAGGCGCAUUGGCGAGGCAUGCUAAGGCAACGGGUCCAAAGUCGCCGUCGUGCCUCGGUACGAGGCCCCGGUGGCGCGUUAACCUCCCGCUCGAACGCAGUACGCUCUCGACUCUCGCGCAGGCCAGGUUGCAUCAAUCCUGUUGGUCGAUCCGCCGACCACGUGCAACCCGCCAACAGGCGGCUGCGAGAGGAAAGUCACCGAGAUCCGAUCGCGUGCACGUGCCCCUCAUGUACCAACAGCGACGAUAUCGCCGACACAGAAAGGAAGAGAAAGAAAGAGAGAGAAUAAAAAAAAUAGAAAGAGUCCUCCGAUUCGUGUCAUGUGUCAUGUGAAACGUAUUCGAUUAAUUGCUUCUCGAUGAGAAGCUACAGAAAGCCAGUAAAGUAUACAAGUGCGGAUCAAGAUAAUCGCAAAGAUCAGGCUCAAGCCCUCGAUCUAUAUCUCCCGUACGUCUUCGCCGUUUACGAGAAUUUAAUUUCCAAGUGCGCGAGAGGAUAAUCCGAGGGAAGUCACGGCUAUCAAACAGAGAGAGAGAGAGAAAGAGCGCGGAUUAAAACGGACGUCGUAAAUUAAUUCGCGGGAGAUUCCGAUCGCGCUCGCUUGAGCUUUGGUUUGCGAACAGUUUACACCGGGGGUAUCGCACCGUGACGCCGCGCCGGCCGGCGGCAAAUUUAAUUCCGAGGCGCGCUUCUCACGCCUGCGAAAUCAGUCCAACCGCGCGUGGAAUGUGACGAUUAAAAAAGAGGCGCGCCGCGUCAUUCCCGACCGAGUCCGUUCCACUUUCGACGGGUCGAGGCGAAAAUGAAUUCGAAAUGGUCACGCUAGUGUGCGGCGCACGUGAGCCCCUGGCUUUUUUACCCCGGCGAGAUGCAAUCGCAACGCCAUCGGCACAGCCCACGGGCUCUUCAAAAAUGUUCGCGCUUCAAUGACUCGUAGAGAGAGGGGGAGAAAAAAAGCUCGGGAUCGGGCCAGAGAAACCCUUCGACACGGAGAUCGGAACGGAUCGGAAUAAUUGAAUUAUCGAAAGCCCGGAGGCAGGAGAACGCGGACCCCUCGGGACGACCAUACAUGGUCGUCGUCUGCCUACAAAGCCGAGGAAGAAGCAGCAGCAUGUCGUCGUGAUCGCGUGGGAGGUCGGGACAUCGAGCACGGCGCUUUUUACGCGCGAAACGAAGCGGAGAGGCAGAUUCGUGCGCUCGCUCCGGAACCCACGGGCGGACGGUGCGGCGACGCGUUCACAGCCGCGCAUUUUACUCCGUAUCUGUCCCCAUUGAAAAUACACUGAUUCUGUGACGAACGGAUCUUUCAAGAGACUACUACGUGACUAGCGCCGAUCGCUUCCUCCGAUGCAUCGCGAGAACGCGUGCCGAGCCGAAGGCGGCCGACAGAUCGAUCCGGAUGAGAUCACCCGAAGAGAGAUGAGGGGAACCUGAUUCAGAGCAAGUUCGUGCCGCCAAGUAGGCAGCAACUCGAAUAAUUAUCUACAACUAGUUCGUUAGCAAACCGUGGCUAAAUCUUCACGCAAAUCACGUCGCUGCGUGUGAAUGAAAUUGAAAAGUUAUUUGACAAAAUACACGCAACACGCAGAAAGAAUGUUGUAGAAAAAAUAAAAUGGGGACCGUGUGAAGGGAUUGCGAAGCUGUGAACGAUUUGAAAGGACCACGUGCGUCAUAUCGCGUGACAAAACAAAAAGGUCGUAUAUAGAAUGAAGUGAAAACUGCGUGAAUUGCACAGCGCUGACCUCACGUGUCAACGUCCGAGAUGCAUUCGUGGCUGAAGUGCAUUAUCGGCAAACUCCGCUUGCAGAGGCGUCUAGCGAAAUAAAAACUGUCAGCGGGACAUGUCGUCGCCCGUUGCGCUCAUGACAAACGCGCGCGACGAAUGAAGAUUUUUGCUACGGGUAAAAAUAAUAACAGAGAAAACGAGCAGCAUGCCGGUCGCGGGAACGAGGAGAUUAUGCAGAGUGGGACUCGCCGCGGUCUUGGUCACCGCGUUGUGCAUCCUGACUCUGCUGGACUCGCCGCCAGCACGACUCCCGGAUCCACCAACCGAUCCUCCUCCCACGCCUGGGGGUGAACCGCCGGGUACAAGAAGCAUCGUCGCUUAUUCGUGGGCCCGAAGAUUGGCACUCGAUUACAGGCCCACCAUGCAGUGCGACGGUAAUGGAACGCGCGGAAUGGCGUUAAACGCAUACGAGCUGCCCGGCACGAAAUGGCUCGAGACAAUCCCGGGACAGCUCUUCCUGUACAGCGCCCACUUGGACCUCAGAAUCGCCGGUUACCCAAGCAUCAGAGUGAUUGGCGUUAAACGAGGAGUCCUACCGCCCUCCGCGCUCUUCUGCACUAUAUGGUACCGGGAGCACGGGAGGAUACGAUCGUUGAGCGUGGAGGCGCUCAUCUCGACGAUCUGGUUAGAUGAAUGGGACGACACAGCGGACAGUUACACCGGAAUUCUUGUAAAUUGUCAAUUGCCGUUGGACGGCUCGAUACGCAAUGCGUCUCGGGUUCACGUGGGUCUGAAUCCCUGCUACGAAAAUACUAGUCAUAGUUUAACGAUCCGCUCGGAAUUAGGUGACGAGACUUUCGCCGACCGGAAAAGGCGCCAACAAUUCACCCUGUGCAUUAAAGGAUUGGACUUCGACGAGGAUAUAUCGCACAAACUAAUAGCUUUUGUCGAGCUACAUCGUAUUCUUGGCGCCAAGCUCUUUUACUUCUAUGUAUUUAAUGUGCAUGAGAACGUACUGAAAGUGUUGCGCUUGUACGAGCGAUCGAACGUAGUACGAUGGUUCACGCUUGACCUACCGGGUGAUUUGCCAAACGAGAAGACAGCUCGAAGGCGGUUCUUCAGCAAGGACAUUUGGACAAAGAGGAGAAUGGAGCUGAUCCCGUAUAACCAUUGCUUCUACGAAAACCUUCACCGGUCAGAGUUCGUGGUACCAAUUGACAUCGACGAGGCAAUUGUACCGACGCGUCGGAAGACCUGGCACGAAUUGCUGUUGGACGAGCGUGUGAAACUCGGCAGGAGCUUCAAGGACUUCGCUUCGUACUCCUUCGCUUCGUACUCUGUGCGGAAUGCCUAUUUCUUUCCCGAGUUGCAAAACAAGAGUCAGACCGAUCGGUUGACCGGACUCGACGAGGAACUCCGUCGCUCGGCCGAGUAUACAGACUAUCUGGAUACCAUGAGAACGGCCAGUAUUUCGCCCGAGGGCGACUCGGUGAAAAGUUUCGUCUCCACGAGGCGCGCGUUAACGGUGCACAAUCACUAUGCUCUGACCACGCUAAACCCAUCCACUAGACGGGCUCAUCAUCUAGACUCAAACGACGUGCUCAAGCACCAUCACCGGGCUUGCGACAGCCGACAUCUCGAUUGCGAUCUCUUGAUGGAAGACGUUAAGAUCGACGAAUCCGCUUUACGUUAUGCAGACGAACUCAAGACGAGGAUGAAGAUCGCCUUGGCUGAUCUCGACGCCCUGCCAUAGAUUAUAGUGAUAUUGUAAAUAAUAAAAAUUCUUUUUAAAAUCUU